AUGUCGCUGUUUUCAGUGUAUAAGGAGAUAUUGCCGGCCACGGGAGUGGACAUAGCAGUGACAGCCAGCUUCACCAGUCCGCGUGCUGUCAAUCUGAUUAUUGCCAAAGCUUCCAUCUUGCAAAUAUUCAACAUUGUCUCGGAAGCCGCUCCUGAAACCGUCAAGGGAAACAUCAUCCAGCAUAAAAUCAUACUCAAACAGGAAGAACAAGUCAAGGACGAUGGCGAGGUCCCAGUCAUUCCUCUACCACAUCCAUCCAAGACAAGUCGUCCAAGGAACGCUGGUAGGCUCGAACUACACAGUCAACAUCGACUCAAUGGUGUCAUUACUUCUAUUGGUGUGUUGAGAACUACCAGUCCAUCUGGAAUGAUGGGAAUGGAUUCCCUGCUUCUUAGUUUCCGUGAUGCAAAGAUGUCUUUGGUCGAGUUCUCAAUGUCGCGACAAACACUUACGACUGUCUCGAUACACUACUUUGAACGAGAAGAGUUUAGGCAAGGAGCAAUUUUAGAACGUCCAGAUCCUGAAAUACGCAUGGACCCACAGUUUCGCUGUGCUAUAAUGUCCUUUUACGGGGACAAGCUUGCCAUACUACCAUUCAAAACUGAUACUAGUGGUGCAACAGAGAAUGAUGUUGAUGCUAAAGGGAACAAGAAUCCCGUCCUGCCAAGUUUUGUGAUUCCAAUGUCAUCUAUUGAUCCACAAGUCAAACACGUUGUUGAUAUGGUCUUUCUGUACAAUUACUUUGAACCUACUCUGGCUAUUUUGUUUGAGCCAGUGCAGACGUGGACUGGGCGUCUUGCAGCAAGAAGAGACACCAAAUGCUUAAUAGUCAUAUCAUUGGAUUUAUCACGAAAACAAUACCCAGUCUUGUAUCGAUCAGAUCAUUUGCCAUAUAAUUGCGAAAAGAUAACCGCAGUACCAGCUCCGGUUGGCGGUGUCAUAAUAUCAUCUCCAAAUGCACUCAUACACGUGGACCAAUCAUCAACUCCAGGUGUCGUUCUGGCCGUGAACGGAUACUACGGAAUGGAGAAUGAAUCACCACAACCACCAUCCAUCGAACUCGGUGGCCCACAAACAUGGAUUCUUGAUAAUCCAUUACACCAAUCUGUGAACAUAUCAGAUUAUAAAAAAUUGGGUCUAUCGCUUGACGCAUCACAAAUCCAUUUCCUUAAUCCAGAUACGUUGCUAGUCGUAUUACGAGAUGGGAGACUCAUGAAUGUUCAAAUGCAAGGACAUGAAGAUGCUGGAUCCGGAUGGUCUCGUAAACGUAGUGGUGUUAAGAAGUUUAAAGUCGCUGAUUUAGGUAUUCGUGCUACACCACCAUCUACUGUAACGAGAAUUGGUGGGCGUGGAGGUGGAUUGGCUCGAGCAUUAGGAUGCUUGGGUAAUGGCCUCGGAGGUGUAUUUGAAGGACCACAUGGACUUGUAGAUUAUGGACAUGUAUUUAUAGGCUCCCAAACCGGUCAAUCCAUGUUGAUUCAGAUAUGGGAGGCUGAUCAUCAUGGAUUGUCUACUUUGAUUGAUGAUGCAGCAGAUGGUGUUAAUGAUAUGGACGCACAGGAAGAUACAAAACCUCAUACAAGUAGUAAUAUACCACAAAAGCGAAAGAUGGAAACAGUAGUGUUUGAUGACGAAGAUGAAGAUUUGUAUGGUGAUAGUGGUACGGCACAUAAACAGCACUCAUCCUCAUCAUCAAGGCACACCAAUAAAACGAACGGAAUGGCGUCAUCGCACCAAACCCAACUACGCAACCGCUUCCAUUUCAGACUCUGUGACAUUCUCGCUGCUGUGGCACCAAUCCGUGACAUGGGGAUUGGAGCUCCAGCAACAACAUCACAUUCCACCACUAUACCGACCCCGAAAACCAAAUACCCAUAUAUGCCAACCAACCCACGACUAGAUUUAGAAAUUGUUGCUUGCGUUGGUGAAGCGCCUGCGUCUGGUGCGCUAGCUAUCUUGCAUAAGGGUAUACGACCUGAUAUUGUGAAUAGCUUGUCACAUAUUGAAGGGGUUAAUGAGGUUUGGAGUGUCAAGUGUGCUAGUGCUAAUAAACGAAGAGGGGAGGUUGAAGAGGAGAAGGCUGGAGAAACAAAUGGUGUGGCUGGGACUGGUGAUGGUAGUAAUGGGAUUAAUGCUCAUCACGUGAAUGAGUUUCACAAGUUUAUGGUUUUGUCAAAGGAGGAUUCUACUGUGGUAUUGGAAGCAGAUGCCGAGUUUCGUGAAUUGACAGACUCUGGAUUUUAUCUGGACGGACCAACUGUGGCGGUUGGAAGUUUACUGAAUGAUACUGUCGUAAUACAGAUACAUCCUGAUGGUGUUAAUAUUCUUAAUUCUGCUGCCACUCUUAUACAAACCAUGAAAAUGGGCGAUGACAAUAGUUGGAUUGUAUCAGCCAGCAUCGCAGAUCCAUACGUCAUGUUGCUCAUGAACACAUCCCAAGUCACCCUCCUUAAAAUCGACGAACACGCUCACCCGCAGUUGAGCAUUUGUAAAGAAUUAAAAGAUGUACCUAUCGCUACAGCCAGCAUGUACUGUGACUUUCACGUCAUUCCUGGAUUGCCGACUCAGCACGAUGUGUUGUCUCACAAGUCUCGAUAUGGACUUGCAGCGUCCGUCGAUGGUGGUUUGCUUGUAAAUAAUAUAAAUAGUAACAAGGGGAAGGGAAAGAAGGUUGUUAAAUUAAAUCAACCAAAACCAUCCAAGAAAGUAGCAGUAUCAAAACCUGUUUCAGUCAAGAACGAAAUUUCCGAUGACGAUGAUGAUUUGUAUGGUGAUGCUCCUAUGACAAGUAGUAUUGCUCCGGUUUUGUCUGUCAAGGCUGAACUGGAAGAAGAAGAUGAUUUGUAUAAUCAGACUGAUGAUAUGGAUAUAGAUGUUAUCCCGACCAUAACGGAAGAUAGUUUAGCUGAAAUGAAUGCUGAGGCGCUGGAAGAUGUUAUUAUUGAAAAGAGGUAUUGGUGUGUGUUGUUUAGAGAGGAUGGAUCGCUCGAAAUACUGAAACUUCCAGACUUUGAACAAUGCUUUUAUAUGCCUCGGUUUGAUUUAUUGCCAGAUGUGAUAUCAGACCAUCCAAAUGCUGUCGCAACUCCUUCAGCGGAUCUACAUACUGCUGCUGAAGUCAGUGAAUUGUUGUUGCUGAAUCUUGGUCGUGAUGGAUCUCAUGAGGAUGUGUAUCUUGUUGUACGAGCAGAAGAUGGUGAUAUAGCCAUGUACAAAACUUUCCCAGUAUUACCAUACGAAGAUAUGUCUGAACCAGUACUACAACCUAAUCGAAUGUUCAAGUCACCGACUUCGCCAUCCACAAGUACAACAACAAUACCACCACCAAUCAACACUGACGAUACCAGCAUCAUACAACCUCAUCGACUAUCCAUCCGCCUCGUACGCAUCCAACACGAACACCUAUCCCGUGAACCACGAUUCUACACAGACACAGACGGUGAUAAACUAAAUAUGGUGGAUCGACCAACCAAACCACCAACAUUCCUCAAAAAGCAUUAUCUUAAGCCGUUUACGCAUGUCGGUCCAGAUAACGAUUUAAAGUACUCUGGAGUGUUUGUUGCUGGGACACGGCCGUGUUGGAUUUUUGCUGGGAGGUCUGAUGCUGGUUUUACUAAUACUGGGAUGCAAUUACUUCCGCAACUUGAUCUUGUACAUAAAGAAGAUGAGCCUGUUGAUGAGUCGAUAUUGGAGAUGCCGCUUUAUAAGACUGGUAAACGGUAUCCGAGGAUACAUCCAAUGAUUUGUGAUGGGGAGAUAUCUGGAAUGGCGUCAAUGCAUCAUGAGAAUAGUCAUGGUGGGUUUGUGUAUAUUACUAAAUCGCAAUCAAUAAGGAUAGCCCAACUUCCCAAAACCAUUGAAUACGAUGCGGACUGGCCACAUCAACGAGUCCCACUCGCCAACAAGACGCCACAUAAAAUCGCGUAUCAUUCAUCGUCUGAAACAUUUGCACUCUUGACAUCGACUCCGGUAGCAUGGUAUGCUUCAAAGGCUAAUUAUGCAGCUGCUAUUGCUGGCGGUGUUGGUGAGAUGCCUGACGAUGCUCUGGAUGAUGAUGAGAGAGCUAAGAGGAAUCCACCUGUUUUGGAUGAGAGAGAUCCUGCUCUAUUUUUACCGGAAAUGGGUGCAUAUCAGUUGGAAUUGGUGUCGCCUGUUACGUGGGAGACUGUUGAUACGUACGAUUUUGAAGAAUACGAACAAGUGAUGUGUCUCGAUGCAGUAAACAUUGACAGUAAACAAACUGCUUCUGGAAAGAAACAGUAUCUAUGUUGUGGAACUGGUUUUGUUCGUGGUGAAGAUAAUGCUGGACGUGGACGACUGUUCGUAUUCGACGUAAUCGAAGUCGUACCAGAAUUCGACAAUCCACAAUCAAAUCACAAAUUCAAACGAGCAUAUGUCAAUGAAGAAAAGCAACCCAUUACUGCUGUACGUGGUGUUAAUGGGUAUUUGGUUGCUGCUGUAGGAACCAAGAUCAUUAUACAUACGUUUGAAGAUGGAGAGGAGCUGGAAGGUGUUGCAUUCAUUGAUACGAAUAUCUUUGUGACGAGUAUUGCUACAGUCAAGAGUUUGAUUCUUGUUGGGGAUGCGUAUAAGAGUGUUUGGUUUCUUGGAUUUCAGGAAGAACCACCUAAGCUCCUCCUCCUCGGCAAAGACUAUGGCUCCCUCCAAGUCUACAGCUGUGACUUCGUAGUCGACAACGACAGUCUCGGAUUCGCUGUAGCUGAUUCAGACAAGAACGUCAUGACUUUUGCAUACGCACCAUUCAACAUCCAAUCUUUUGGUGGUCAACGACUGAUACGUAAAGUGGAUUAUCAUGUCGGAUCACACAUUAAUAAGAUGAUUCGAUUGAGGAGGUUGCCACGACCGAUACAACAAGACGGUGAUGCGGUCGUUUCGAGGCAACAUGGACUGCUUUGUGGUACCUUGGAUGGUGGAUUAGGAAUGAUGGUGCCCGUAUCAGAUAAGCAAUUCAAACGCAUGUAUGCUUUAUGGUCGAAGCUUGUAAAUGGGUUGCAGCAUGUUGCUGGGCUUAAUCCUAGAGGGUAUAGGCAAGGACAAUCACGAGGUCCACCACAGGGAGCCGCCCAAAUCCUCGGUGGAAUGACAAACACUCGAUCGACUAUGGACGGAGACUUGAUUUGGCAGUUUGCCAGUUUGAGCGUGUCGCAACAACGUGAGAUUGCUAAAAGUAUUGGAUCUUCUGUUGAACGAAUCAUGGACGAUUUGUUGGAGAUUCAACACAACGCUUUCCUACCAUCUCGAGCAAUUGUGGGCAUUUAUGCCCUUUGCAAGAGACGUAACUUUAUGAUACAUCAGCCGAUUGAGCAUCCAGACACUGACUGUGGUAUUGGGACGGAUGGGAGAACUAAGAGGAAUCCACCUGCUUUGGAUGAGGGAGAUCCUGUUGGUAUUGUUACCGGGUGUGUAACCGUUAGCAGUGGGUCUGCGUAUUCGCUCUCCGUAUUCGACGUAAUAUUGAGGUCGUACCCGAAUUCGACUAUACACAAUCAAACCAAAGGAGAAUACGCCAAUGAAGAAAAGCAACCUAUUACUGCUGUACGUGGUGUUAAUGGGUACUUGGUUGUUGCUGUUUGGACCAAGAUUAUCAUACAUACGUUUGAAGAUGGAGAGGAGCUAGGACGUUUUGCAUUCACUAAUACCAAUAUCUUUGUGACGAGUAUUGCUAAAGUCAAGGGACAAACACGAGGUCCACCACAAAGAGCCGCCCAAAAUGUCGGUGGAAUAACAAACACUCGAUCAACCAUGGACGGUGGUGUCAAGGGGUAUUUGGAUGCUGCUGUUAGAACCAAGCGCAAUGAUACCCGUGAAAGGAGUGGAGGCAUUGGAGGUUUCUAUGGAGCAUUCAUCCACGAUCACGCAAAGAAUAUACUUGUCUCUGCUGUCUGUCGGUCAAACUAUGAAGCAGUUAAAACUAAUGGAUUUAAAGUUACUUCUCCAUCCUUCGGUGAUCGUCUCUGGAAGCCUCAUCAAGUAUUCGCCAAUGUAGACGAAGCAUCAAAGUCGUUGCCAGCUGGAGGUUACGAGCACAUUUUGGUCUGUAGCAAAGCUCUACCAGAAUUGGAAGAUAUGCCUUCUAUGGUUGAAGGAUUGGUAACUGUUGGAAAGACGUCAAUCGUCCUGAUGCAGAAUGGAAUUGGUAUUGAGGCUCCUUGGGUGAAGCAGUUCCCAAGAAAUGUGGUUGUAAGCUGUAUGAUUGCUACAGGAGCAACCCAAACAGAACCCGGUAUGAUAUGGCACCGAUCUGAUGCAUCUAUAACAGCCAUGGGCGUAUACACGGAUGAAAAUUCGAGAACGAAUGCCGCUCAUUCAUUGACUUCUUUAGAGAGUCUCGUCGGUAUCAUGAAGGGUAGUGGGAAAUUGACGAUCAAAACACCAACAAAUGUCCAAGACGAACGGUGGAACAAAAUUCUAGUCAAUGGAACAUUUGGACCACUAAGUGUCGUGGCAGGAGCUAUUCCUUCAUCACAGAUUGCCACAGAUCCACUAUUAUCUGUCGUGGCUCAUGAGAAUAUGAAAGAAAUUGCUAGUGUCGCUAAAGCAGUUUUAGGAUACCCGAUUCCAGGCAUGGAUCUUGAAAAAACGCUAAAUAAUGUAACUCGAGUGAGAGGCAAAUCGUCCUUCCUAGUGGACUGGGACAGAGGAAUUCCUAUGGAGGUUGAAGUGUUGCUUGGUAAUGUGUCGAGAUUAGCAAAGCAGCAUGGAGUCGCAACUCCACGUGUGGAUAUGUUGUACGCGCUAUUGACGAAACUCAGAGACAAUCGUCUCAAUUCUGUAAAAUUAUAA